CGACUUCCGCAUUCGGUUAGAAGAUGAGAUCUUUUUCUUGAAAUCUAUAAAAUAGGCGGAGAAGAAAUAGGCGGCCUUGUUUCGGAAUCGCUGAUUUUCCACUCGCCUUCUAUCGUUCUGUCUGUUUCCAAUUUCGUCUCCCAGUUGUUUUUUCCUUUCAUUCCUUGCAAAUUAAGCGCAUCUUUCUUGUCUUUGCAAUAAUCAAAGCCCAUAUACCCUUGAUUUUGUCUUGAUUUGCUUUAUUGGGCAUCAAAAGUAUAUCUUUCUACCUAAAGAUUGCAACUUUUCGUUGCUUAGUUUCUUGUAUUAUCGUCGCUUGUUGUUAGCUCCGGUGCCUGGAUGGAAAAGAGGAGAUUUGGUGAAGCCUGAGUUGGGGUGGGCAAGGAGGCAGGGGAAGAAAGAGAGAAACGAUGCUAUAUUUGAAGCAGCCGCGUGGGAACCUGGAGCUGCGUCGGCAGACUGCCUGAUCUCGGAACAUUUUGAUGCCCAACUGAUGUGGCCCGAGCCAGGGGCUCGGGAUCCGGAUAGAAUGGCGACGGAGGCCGGAGAGGAGGGGCGGAUCCACGACGAGCCAUCCGAUGCCGGCAGAUACCUUAAUAGUUUCGAGCUCUACGUGACUCAAUCCAAAUUUUAUAUGAUUGGAAGGAGCCAGAGCAGAAACUUCUUGAAAGUGUUAAAAAUUGACAGGUCAGAACCUUCAGAACUUAAUAUACACGAAGACUCUACCACAUAUUCAGAAGAUGAAUGUAAAGAACUGCUAAAUCGGAUACAUGAGGGAAACAAGUCCACUGGAGGGCUGAAGUUUGUAACAACUUGUUAUGGCAUUGUUGGAUUUUUCAAAUUCUUGGGGCCGUACUAUAUGCUGCUUAUCACCGAAAGAAGAGAGAUUGGAACUAUAUUUGGCCACACAAUUUAUGCUGUCGCAAAGAGCGAAAUUAUCACAAUUCCAAAUUCUACUGUCCAAUCUAAUAUGACCGUUACCAGGAAUGAAGACAGGUACAUGAAGCUCUUUCGGACAGUAGAUCUUACAAAAGAUUUCUUUUUUAGCUAUUCGUACCAUAUAAUGCAAAGCUUACAGAAAAAUAUACGCCAGAGUCAUCCAGGGCAGAUGAUAUACGAGACUAUGUUCAUAUGGAAUGAGUUCUUGACUCGCGAAAUUCAUAAUCGUGUUAAAAGUACUCUAUGGACAGUUGAUUUGGUGUAUGGUUUCUUUAAGCAGGCCAAACUUUCAAUAUAUGGAGAAGAUUUUUGGUUGACUCUAAUUGCUAGGCGCUCACGGCACUUUGCAGGGACCAGGUUUUUGAAGCGAGGUGUCAAUGAACAUGGGCAUGUAGCAAAUGAUGUUGAGACAGAACAGAUUAUCUAUAAAGACAUUCCUGGAGAAAUUCCAAAACGUGUGAGUUCUGUAGUUCAGAAUAGGGGUUCAAUACCUCUGUUUUGGUCUCAAGAAACCUCAAAACUGAACCCAAAGCCCGAUAUAAUAGUGAAAAAAGAAAAAGGUUAUCAGGCUACUCGGCUUCAUUUUGAGAAUCUCAGCAAAAGAUAUGGAAAUCCUAUUAUCAUUUUGAACUUGAUAAAGUCAGAAGAAAAGAAACCUCGGGAAUCUAUUCUACGUUCAGAAUUUUCUGAUGCAAUUGAGUUUAUCAAUAAAAGUUUACCUGAAGAAUGCAGCUUGAAGUACCUACACUGGGAUCUUCAUAAGCAUUCUCGAAGCAAAGCUAAAAAUGUGCUUAAGCUAUUGGGAAAAGUGGCAGCGCGUACCUUAAAGUUAACAGGAUUCUUUUAUUGUGAAGUAAUACCAAGUUUAAGGAAUGAAGGUGACUUGAGGUGGCCCAAGUUUGUAAUGGAUGAUGGUGGUGACCAUUCUUGUAAUAAUCAUUCUACUAGUAACAGCAGUAACACCACUGACACAGAUGAAGUUGAUAUGAUAGAAGAUGGAUCCCAAGAAGAUAAUUCUGAUAUAUUGGGAUAUGAUAUAACAAAGAUUGAGGAUCAUAGUGUUGGACAUUGCUCAGUAAAAUCACUUAGGUGUCAGAAAGGUGUCUUGAGAACAAACUGCAUUGACUGUUUAGAUCGUACAAAUGUUGCUCAAUAUGCCUAUGGGUUAGCUGCACUGGGGCAUCAACUUCAUGCAUUAAAUUUAGCCCGUUUUCCAAGCGUUCAUCUUGAUGCCACCCUGGCUGAUGAUUUGAUGACCUAUUACGAGACAAUGGGAGACACACUUUCUUUGCAAUAUGGUGGUUCUGCUGCUCACAAUAAGAUUUUCUCUGAAAGAAGAGGUCACUGGAAAGCAGCAAUCCAGUCCCAAGAGUUCUUUAGAACACUCCAAAGAUAUUACAGCAAUGCUUAUAUGGAUGUUGAAAAGCAGGCUGCAAUAGACAUAUUUCUUGGACACUUCCAACCUCAAUUGGACAAACCAGCCAUCUGGGAGUAUGGUUCCUUCCAGCAUUAUGUGGGGCAUGCCUUUGAAAAUUCGAGGUCAUUUAUUAAAAGAUCCAUAUCAGAUGGGAACAUACUCCAUGAAAGUUACGCCCCUCUAUCAAGAUCUAAGUUUAUUCACAAAGAUCUCUCAUACUCAGCAUCAUCCGGAACAUUACAUACAAAGAAUGUCAAGCAUAUGUUUGAUUCAACUUUAGCUUCGGAAAUUUCAAAAUAUGAAAUAAAUCUAACAGAAUCCAGGAACAUUCCUGUGAUGUCUGAUGGGCAGCUUUUCGAAGAUAGUGAAUCCACAUACUUGUAUAAAGAUUGGCAUUCAAAUUUUCUUAACCUUGAUUCUCUUUUAUCAUGUAGUAAUUCUGCUGAGGAAGAGAUAAAUGACAGGUCUUCGAUAACUAAUUCUCCAUUUGGGGAUCAUCGCUCUACUAAGAAUGUUCCCAAUGUGAGAACUAAGGCAACACCAGUUCUCGUGAAUAGUGGGUUUGCCAUGAAGGGAGGCAAUAUAAUCAAAAUAUCGCAGCCUUACGACAACCUUCAAGCAGCUAAGACGCCACAAACUUUGAAUAGCUUCGAGCACUGGGUUAUGAACGGAGAGACUUUAAUCCAUUGAUGCCAAUACAUUUAAUGUUGCCUGGUCGAUACUGAUCUGCUGCAAAAAAAAACAUUAUCAAUGGGAGUGAUAAAAGCAAGAUGGUAUUGCACUUGGAAUAGGUUUACAGAUACCCUCAACAUCGACCUGAAUUGGGCGAAUAAACUAUUGAUGUGUUGCUGCUAUGCUGAUAAUUUGAAGUAUAUACAUAUAUAAUUUGUUUGGGAGGCCAAUUCUGUCAUAUAAUGAUCCACUCACUGUCAGUGUAAAUAUCAAUAUAGUACCUCUUCUUCUGCUGAGCUUGACAAUUAAGCAAUAAUUUUUCUUUUCAGUGACAGUUUUGGUUGUUUAUGGCCUGUAUAUACAUGUAAAAUGAGAUAUAUGAACAUCAUGAUCUAUUAAUUUU